UAGCUGUUUGGGUUUUCUUUCGGUGCCGGCCCCUGUCUCCCCGGCUUCCCCGGCGUGUGCGGAGCCGCGGCCCCCGCCGCCCAGCUGCUCCAGCGCCCCUCGCUCGCCUCCAGCCCGCGGGGAGCGCGGGCGCUGCGCCGCCUUUAAAGUGAGGCCAGGGGCCGAGGCUGUGACCGGCCGGGAUCCGGGCCUCGCCUCUUCCCUCGGCGGCGCUAGGGCUCCCUGGCCGGUGUUCAGUGCGGACGGAGAAGCGAAAGCGGAUCGUCCCCGGCUGGACCUCCGCUGGCCCCGGGACUCAGCGUUCUCCCUCCGCGAACCCACCCACCCACUCGGCCGGGCCUGGCCCGGCCGCGGCGGCAGCUCGGCGCACCCAGCCAGAAUGUUCGCCGCCGGGCUGGCUCCCUUCUACGCCUCCAACUUCAGCCUCUGGUCGGCCGCCUACUGCUCCUCGGCCGGCCCGGGCGGCUGCGCCUUCCCCUUGGACCCCGCCGCGGUCAAGAAACCCUCCUUCUGCAUCGCAGACAUCCUGCACGCCGGCGUGGGGGAGCCAGGGGCGGCCGCGGAGGGUCUGGCGGGGGCCUCGGCCGCCGCCCUCACCGCGCACUUGGGCUCGGCUCACCCGCACGCCUCUUUCCAAGCGGCCGCCAGAUCCCCGCUUCGACCCACCCCGGUGGUGGCGCCCUCCGAAGUCCCGGCUGGCUUCCCGCAGCGGCUGUCUCCGCUCUCAGCCGCCUACCACCACCAUCACCCGCAGCAACAGCAGCAGCAACAGCCGCCUCAGCAGCAGCAGCCUCCGCCUCCACCCCGGGCUGGCGCCUUGCAGCCCCCGGUCUCCGGGGCGCGGGUGGCCCCAAACCCCCCGCACAGCGGCUCGGCCCCGGCCCCCUCUAGCAAGGACCUCAAAUUUGGAAUUGAUCGCAUUUUGUCUGCAGAAUUUGACCCCAAAGUCAAGGAAGGCAACACGCUGAGAGACCUCACCUCCCUGCUAACCGGCGGAAGGCCCGCAGGGGUGCACCUCCCGGGCCUGCAGCCCUCCGCCGGGCAGUUCUUCGCGUCUCUAGAUCCCAUUAACGAGGCUUCUGCCAUCCUGAGUCCCUUAAGCUCGAACCCGAGGAAUUCAGUUCAGCAUCAGUUUCAAGACACGUUUCCAGGUCCCUACGCCGUGCUUACGAAGGACACCAUGCCGCAGACCUACAAAAGGAAGCGCUCCUGGUCGCGGGCGGUCUUCUCCAACCUGCAGAGGAAAGGCCUGGAGAAGAGGUUUGAGAUCCAGAAGUACGUGACGAAGCCCGACCGAAAGCAACUGGCCGCGAUGCUAGGCCUCACGGACGCCCAGGUGAAGGUGUGGUUCCAGAACCGACGGAUGAAGUGGCGGCACUCCAAGGAGGCCCAGGCCCAGAAGGACAAGGACAAAGAGGCGGGCGAGAAGCCGUCGGGCGGAGGAGCGGCUGCGGACGGCGAGCAGGAGGAGCGGAGCCUCAGCCGCUCGGAGGGCGAGGCCGAGAGCGAGAGCAGCGACUCCGAGUCUCUGGACAUGGCCCCCAGCGACACGGAGCGGACUGAGGGGGGCGAGCGGUCUCUGCACCAGACCACGGUCAUCAAGGCCUCGGCCGCGGGCGCCCUCCUCCCGGCCAGCGGCGGCGGGAGCGCGGGAAGCGGCGGCGGCAGCGGCGGCUUCAGCUUCGCCAGCCUCGGCGGCGGCGGCGGCGGCGGUGGCGGCCUGGGGAGCGGGGGCGGCGGCGCCUCGGAGCUGCUGCCGGCGCCCCAGCCCACCCUCAGCGGCGCUCCGCAGAGCCCCGAGCCCGCCCAGGCACCGCUGGGCGGCCUGUAGACUGCACGAGGCAGGGCCCCGGGGCCCGCGUGCCGCCCCCAGCCUCCCAGGGUGGGCUGGAUUUUGCGCCUGCUUUGUGUUGGCGGUGGGGCUGGGACCAGAGACGCCACAGCGGAGCUACCUUGCCCAAGGUCCCACCUGCCCGUCGCUGUCGCGCUGGUGCCCAGAGCCCAGGGGGCCUCAGGACCCCCGCCGGAAGACCCGGCGCAGGCUAAAACUUCUCCCUGGCAUCGAGCAGUUCACACUGUGAAGUGUCGGAGGAAACAGUUCCUCCCCGCACUUGGGGGGGUUGUGGCGCAAAGACGAGCUGCACUUAAGACGCCAUGAACUUGUAAAUAAAAUGUUUACUACGGUUUGUAAA